AUCCGCGGAAGCACAGAUCAUAUGGGAUUUAGAAAUCCGAGGGAAUGCAUACAGAUCGGCUGGGAUUUAGAAAUCUGCAGGAGCGUAUACAGAGCAGCUAGGAUUUAGAAAUCCGCGGAAGCGCAUAAAUAUCAGCUGGGAUUUAGAAAUCUGAAGAAGCGUUUACAAAUCAUCUGGGAUUUAAAAAUCCGCGGAAGCACAUACAGACCAGCUGGGAUUUAGAAAUCUGAAGGAGCGUAUACAGGAGCAGCUGGAAUUUAGAAAUCCGCGGAAGCGCAUACAGAUAAUCUGGGAUUUAGAAAUCCGCGGAAACGCGUACAGAUCUGCUGGAAUUUAGACAUCUCCGGAACGUUAAAACUCCACCAAGAUUGCGAAAUGGACAAUGGAGGAGCGGAGGGAUACGCAUUUGUAGACAGGAGCUGACUGUUCAAUCACCUCGAACCCCCUUAUCCAACAAUGAGACACAUCAUGAGUAGCUGCUACUGCAUUAGCAAAUGUGCACAAAUAACUAAACACACUCCUUGUCAAUAACAUCGCCCCGUGUGUGCGCGUGGCCUUACAAGGACAUUAAUAGUCGAGCAUCGGCCCUUCUCCAUGGCACACUGUCCAGCCCUGUGUGACCGCUGUUGUAUAACGACGACCCCGCUGAUGUGCAUGAUGACGAUGUGGACAGGAUUCACUGCUCCUCCUCCUCCUCCUCGUCGCCACCAGCACCAGCAGCACCAGCAGCACCAUGGUGCAGCUCGGGAAACCGCGAGUCAAAGAGCCCAAGGAGCCCAAGGGGAGCCAGGAGGGGGGAGGGCCCCCUCCCCAGGGUGGGGGCCCCCCGCCGGGCCUCACCGUCCUCGACGUGGAGCAGCUCGAGCACUCCGUGUGCGAGGAGAGCCCCGUGAAGACGCGCACGGCGUUCGACCCGGCGCGCGAUGGCCGCCUGCACCGCGUCACGGAGCUCACCAUCGACAUCGGAGAGGCGGCCUCCGACAGAUUCAAGGCCACGGUGCUGAUCUUCUUCGCGCUCGCGUUUCUCUCCUGCGUCGUGUUCCUCGUCGUCUACAAGGUCUACCGCUACGACCAGGCCUGCCCCGGGGGCUUCAUCGUCAAGCACAACCGCUGCGUGCCGGGGGGCGCCGUCCACUCUGGGGGGGGCGCGGGGAGCCUCGACGCUCGCUUCUACUCGCUCGUGGCCCACUCGGCGCAUUCCCGCUCCACGCUGCCACGCUCCGUCUCUCCUUGGAUCGCGUCGCUCUUCACGCACAGCAGGCAACACAACGGCGCCGGCUAGGAGGGCCCCGCGGGCGGUGGUGAUGGUGGCACGGUGGAGCCAGAUUCAUCCCCCGCAUCAUCAUCCUCAUCAUCACCAGCACCCCACUCAUGCCUGGCUACACUCACUCGAUCACCUACUCACUCACCUCCACAUCACUCUGCUAUAGCUACUACACGUGGACUUCACACAUCAAUUCCCCCACCAUUGUCGAGGACUCGGACGACCAGACUACCACUCGCCCACUGAAACACUCCCUCACCCCUUCGUCACCCACUCAUACAUUUACUCACCUACUCACUCAUCUGCAUAUCACUCUUUUAUCGCUACUACCAUAUUCUUAGGUUUUUUCGGUAAAGUCACGUAGGUAAAACAUUUAAAUUAAUAAAAGUAAAAUAAAACAAAAUCAAAAAU